CUCUAUUCGGAUGGAUUUGCUUCGUACCUUCAGAUAGAUAUCCAACGAGAGCCAAACAGCAAGUCAUCUUUGAGUAUUUAGGCGAAAGGCUUUAGAGAGUUUUCUUUUCUUAGCGGAAUAAAUCGCAAGUGUGGUAAAUUUAAUAAUUACUGUUUUUUACAGCUUUAGGAUUUUUUUUUGAGAAUUGAAGACUACACGACAGAAUGCGUUUUCACUGAGACAUUUUGCCCGUUUUUGCAUAAAUCGAUACACAGUCCUCGUUCAAAAAUAUUUGCCGUCCGGAUGGACUAUCCUUUUUAUAGAAAAAAUGACUCGGACAUACUUUUUUGGCUGUCAACGCCAAAACUGUGCUGAAUGCAAGACGUAGGAGAAACUCUUAACGGGAUUAUAACAUCUGGGCGGCGUUCGGUGCUCUUGUUUUCCCGCUCUGGAUUUCGGAUUUAUCGUUUUUUAUCAGGAUGGAAGGCCGGGAUUUCGCCCCUCCGCCGCACCUUCUGGCAGAGCGAGGCGCGCUGGUUCACAGAGCCGCCUCGAGGAUCACUCCUACCGGGCAUACGACAGUGCAGCAUCCCGGUCACUUCCAGCCUGGGAAAUAUUACACCUCGCACAUACCGAUGCCUCCACAUUCAGGCAGUGGACUUAUAGGGAACUCCCCUGCCUCCUUCAUGGGUACAUUUCUGGCCAGCAGUUUGGGUUCUCCUCCCUCCCACCCCAACGGACCCCCAUCAUCCCCCUCUUCUCCGCCCUAUCGGACAGGACCCCAUUCCACGGCCCCAUCACAGAUCUGGUUUGCCCACUCACAUGAAGCCCCAGGGUAUCCCCGCUUUUCAGGGAGUCUAGCCCCCACCUUCCUACCCAUGAGUCCCCUUGAUCACCAUGGCAACAGCGGUGUACUCUAUGGACAACACCGUUUCUAUGACACUCAGAAAGAUUUAUUUCUACGAAGUCUUCCCUCGCAGCCCCACCUUCUCUCCGCCAAUCACACCCUCCCACCCCUAUCUCGAACGGCCCCCACCCACCCUCUAGAUUCCUGCAGCCGAGAGAGGGAAUCUGGGAGUUCAGCAUCCCAGAAGGGCUCCAAAGAGACGGGUGUAGCGGAGCGAAGACAAGCACCCGGAGGAAAAGAAAAAGACAAGGGUAAACAAGAUUCUAAGCAGGAUCGGCAGCACCAUGGUCCACCGCCAACUACCCUUCACCACCACCACCAUCACCAUCCGCAUCAACACCCAGGACUAGAAGAGGAGUUCCGGAACAAAAACGAUCACAAGCACCUUAGCUCCUGCUUGCUUAGCACGAAGACCCAAAACAGUUCUGACCAAAGGGCGACAGCUAGGGGCUCCCUACCCAGUUGUGUGGGGCCAGGGGCCUCAGGUCUGGGAACUGGCCGGCAACCAGGCGGAGACGGUCACUGUUGUAAGGAGGGGGUAAGCGGAGAGAUGCGAAUUAGUGAGCCACCUUCAGACUGUCUUCGGCACAGUGCCAUGCUGGGCCAUGCCCACCCAGUAUCCUAUUCAAUGCACCCUCCCUUGGGCCUAAGCUCUGCUGUGGGUGGGUCCUGGCUGCACCCAACUCAUCCACAUCAUCACCAUCCGCAUCAUCACCAUCCAGAUCUCUUCUGCCCACCACCCCCUGCUCCACUAACCAUGCCCACUGCUCAGGAAAAGAGGCUGGCUCAUGGAGCAGGCAGGGAUUCAGAGGUUACAGGGCCCACCUUUGUUCCCUCAGUGGGGCCAUUGGGGAACAAAACUAGUGGACCGUUUCAGCUGGGAAACUCUCAUUGUCGAGGUGUAGGAGGUGGGAUUGGAGGAAGUAUAGGGAAGGAAACCAAAACUCCAGAGAGGAGCCGAGCAGUUCCUCCUGCGCCUCCCUUACUGCCGCCUCCAAGUAGCUGCCAAAGAAAAUCCUCCCAAGAGCCACACGCAUAUGGCAAGGCAGACAAAGGCCCAGACUGGCCCCCGGGCCCUCAUUCCCGCACACACGAGGUUCAGCACAGUCACAAUCAGCAUUCCCACUCGUCUCGUUCAUGUAGCUUGGACAGCAGUGGCGAAUCUGAUGCCUUCCGGCCGUCUCUGCCACAAGGAACGAAGGGUGGCCACCAAACUAAGAGCAGCAUAUAUGCCAGCACCCCACCUUUCCGGGACUGUUCCCACUCAGGUCCAUCAAACAGAGCAUCAUCUGAAAAUAAAAAUGGAGCUGAGAGUGAGUGCACUCUUCAGAGAAACGGUCAGAGAGUUGCUCGGAUACGUCAUCAGCAACACGGAAACAGGGCUAGCACCGGAGGACAGGGUCUGGAGACUAGCAACGGUUCACAAGAGAAGAGGAAGGUGGAAAUGGAGAAAUGGAGCGGGCAUCAGACUGACACUCAUCCCUCCUGGGGACACCAGGGGACUCGGUCGGAUGAAGACUCUCCGGGUGCUAGCUCACGUAAUUCUCAAGGGGAACCUCUUACGGCACCACAGGAUGCCACUUUGGGCCCUCAAGGACCUGAAAGCAAUGCAAUGAGGAGCCUGAUGAAGUACAGCACCCAGCAACCGUUGCUAUUCUCUCAAAAGAGCCCCUUUGGUGGCCUGGGCUGCCUCAAGCAGAGGGUAGUAAGUGGGGAGAGAAGCGAGAGGAACGAGAGAAAUGAAAAAAGUGGAAACAGUUCGAGCUGUGCUCUACAGGAGGCGAAGCAGACCCUGCCCCCCAGGAGAUCCUCGUCAUCUGGGGAGAGCGAACGCUCGGAGCGGGUGGGGAAGGAAUCAGGGGAGGCUCAGGGGGAGGGAGAGGUGCGGCAACCCCCUGUGGGGAUAGCAGUGGCCGUUGCCAGGCAGAGAGAGCCCCUGUGCCGCCCGCCAGACGGGCAUCCCACCCAUAGCCACCAUACCAGAGUGAUGCCCAGCAUGAAGGGUGUUGGACGCCCCAUGUACCCGCUGGAUCGGGAGGUGGAUGAGGAAAGGAAAAGAAUGUGUGAGGAACAUCUUGGAUUGCCUCCAUUCGACAGAGAGAGAGAUAUCCUCCUCAGGGAAAACAAAGACAGAGUUGAGUUUGCCAGAAUCCACCCCUCCAGUAGCUGCCAUGGAGAUCUGACCUCACACCUUCUUGUGCCAGGCAGUAGCCAAUUAGGCACUGAGCCAUCUGCUCAUGCCCACCCCGCCCAUCAUCACUGGAUGCCUCGGACAGGAAGUCCCUCCCUCUGGAUGGGACACUCCUAUAGUCUCAGUCACGCAGCAUUGCACCAGAACCUGACCCCAGGCUUUUCUGCAGCUAUGCCCGGCCCCUUGCAACCAGUCCUGUCUCUGCCUCAGGACCCUUCUGCUGCCCUGGUGGUACUGCCUUCCGAGCCAGCAGCCCACCCUGCCACCCAUCACUUUGAUGUAAUGGAGCAGCAGGGAUUGUGGCCCCCUGUUUAUGGAGCCCGAGGGCCCGCCUCACACAUGCAGCAUCCUGCUGUCUACUCCCGCUCCCAGUUUCUACGGCAACAGGAACUCUACGCGCUGCAGCAGCAUCAGCACCAGCAGCAUCAGCAUCGUGCGGCACAGGCUAUGGAGCUGGCGCACAGACACAGUCAUUCACAGAGGAAACCUGAAGAUCCCCCCAUCGAUUUGGUUGAAGGAUCGUCUGAGCUCCGCACAUCCAAGCCCACUAAGCCCGUCUGCCCCUCCACUAAACCUCCUUCAUCCCCGGGGGGCUGCACCUCUCGUCUUUCACCCUGCUGUCGCUCACCCGCCCCGCGGACUCACCUCAAGAGCACGCCCUGUCCCGAGCCCAGCCCGGCCGUUGCUGCUCCUCGCUCCCCGGCGCUCAGCCCCCACGCUAUCCCCCACCACCUGCCUAAACCUGCCGAAUCCCAGGACAAGAGGGGUGAGGGCCAGCCCCCGCAGGACUACCCACAGUCCCUGGAGCCUGAUCUCCCUCCUGGCUACACUUACCCCGCCAUCACCAUGGGUUACAAAGGUGGCCCCUCCCCUCAAGAAGUCCAAUUGGCCGAGCAUGCCGACCUGGAGGCGGAGCAAGCAGAACCCACUGAACCUGCGCCUCAACCCCUCCCGCUUUCUCCUAAAGGGGAGGAGCCUGCUUGUCACCCUGGAGUGGGCUCACCUACCAGAACAUCACAGGAAGUAGAGAAGGAGGAAUCAGUCGGAGUGAUACAAGCUGAAGAACAGGUGGAAGAAGGAGAGUCGGGGGUCACCUGCGGACCUGCAACCGUAUCGCAAACUUCCAUUUGCCCCGAUUCUCCUUCAGACCCUCAUUUAGAUACAGCAACAAUGCUUCCCAACACCCAAACAAGUGAAAUGGAGAUUCCAGUUCCAGCUAAAGAUUGGAAAGAGAAGAAUGAGGAACUACAAGACAAAGUCCAGGUUUCUCAGCUUUUGGGAUCUCGGGAGAAUGAUCAAGAGAAGGCAGAUGACGAUGAGUGUGGAUUAACCUGCGACCCAGGGACCGCCCAUCCCUUGCCAACCUUGUCCUCCUGUCCCGUGCCCUCCACGCUGGGAUAUCAGUACCCGGGCAGCUGCAUUUGGAGUUUGGAGCUGCUCAUUGCAGCGGCUCUGUGUGCCACAAGAGAUGCCCGCAUGGUGCCCCCCGUGUCUGUAUCUGAUAAUGGCGUGGCCCCUAAUUACGGCAUAGAAUUAUUGAGUGAAAUGGCCGAGUUGGAGCGAACUCAACAACAGAGGAAUGACAUGGGGGACAAUGAAGAAGAGGACAUGCUGACCUUUGACCUCCAAAGUCUGGCAACCCUUGCUGCCGCACGUGCCCUGGAGCUGGCCCCGCCCACCAUCACAGACUCGACCCCACCCCUUCGUAGGAUCCUCAAUCUGCGAAGAAAAUGCAAGUGGACACCCCGCCCUGAACCGGUGUGUCCUGUUAAGGGUACCAUGGAAACGCUGGAUCGGGAGGAGCUAGCGAUGCGUGUGCGACUGGCAGAACUGCAGAGGCUCUAUAAGGAAAAACAGAGGGAGCUGGCGAAGCUACAGAGAAAAUAUGACCACCAAAAGGAAGAAACCUCACGCAGUCCGGCUCGCAGAGGACCCGGAAGGCCGCGGAAACGCAAAUCCACGUUGGCCCCUACAGACGCCCCCAAAAAAGUCAAGUCGGCUGGGAUGGGGGCGGGGCCAGGCCUGCUCACAGCCGAGGACUUGGCUGGAGGCGGAGACAGGAAGAGGAAGAGGAUGUCCAGUAGUCCUUACCAUCAUCUGGGCAGCGCACAGGCUCACUGCAGGCCGAGAGGAAGACCAAGACUGCUGAGUACUAAGUUUAAACAGAAGGCUUGCUCACAGCUGAAGCAGAAAGCCAAAGGCAAGCGUGGAUCGAGACUGGUGAACCUAUUGUGUCACAGAGAGAACGCGAGUGAACAUCUGUCUAGAACACACGGUGGAAAAGACGAAUAUGCACAUAGUAACAAAACUGGAGAACACAGUGACGCAGGAGGCAGUGGGGCAGCAGUCCACCCAGUAUCAGUUCGGAAGCAGACUAUGAUGAGAAGAGGUUCGAGGUCAAAGGCUAUCCUUAACUGUACCUCCUCAGCCCUCCCAACUCACACUCAGCAACACCUACGCAAUAAGACCGAUAGCAAGCUUGAAGCCCCCGAGAAGGGCGGCUCUCCCUCUGACAGCGACACAGAGGGAGAAGAAGACUGCAUGUAUGAGAGCGAGGAAGGGGCAGAGGGCAUCAGAAAUCUAUCAUCUAAAGAGCAGCUGUCUGGAGCCAGCCGUUCUUCACAUGGCUCCAUCGUGAAGCUCGAAGCCAGUCAGAAAGCCAAGAACAAGACGGAAAGACAAGGAUUUGGGUCUCUGACUGUGUCCAACAAUAAAGAAGUAAAGAUGAGAAGGAAGGCCCCCUGUAGGCCAGCAUUGGUCAGUGCUAACAACAACCAUUUGGAAAUGGAGGAGGUGAGGGGAUGGACUUUCCCCAAGUGGAGAGAGGGGUCGAGGGAGAACUCCUUUGACCACACUAGGGCCCUCAAGACCUCUCCUACUCCACGAGAAAGGACCUCACGGAAGAGUACGGUGCUUCUUGGAAAGAGGAAGGUUAGAGGUUGCUGGUUGGAAACGCUGUCGUCUCAGUAUGAUGACGUCACUUGGAGCAGGAAAAUCAGAAACAAGCAGGAUAAAGGACGAGCAGUCAGUCGUUUGCUGGAGAGCUUUGCAGCCGACGAGGGAUUCCGUAUGGAUGACGACAGCAGUUUCUCAGAGGGAGAGGAGGAAGAUGAAGAGGAGGAAUCGGACAUGUUGGGAAGCACCCUGCCUGCCCUACCCAGAUGUAUUCUCACCAAAGAAAUCCUGAGAGAUGGACUGAAAGUAUUAAUCUCAAAGGAGGACGAGUUACUGUAUGCUGCGUAUGUACAUUCUCUGGACCUGCCUGAUAUAUAUAGUGUUGUUGUUGAGGGAGAGCGGGGAAACCGGCCGAGGAUCUAUUCUCUGGAGCAGCUGCUGAAGGAAGCGGUUUUGGAUGUGCAGCCGGAAACGGUGGAAACUCUGACGGACGGAACAAGAGUGUGCGCCUACUGGAGUGAACGAUCACGCUGUCUGUACCCUGGAGAUGUCCGGAGAGGAGGUCCGGGUGAGGAACAGAGGGAGGGCAGUGUCAUGGUUGAAUUUGACGACGGAGACCGAGGAUGGAUUUCCCUCCAAAACAUUCGUCUGCUUCCUCCAGGCUACCAAAUUCACUGUGCAGAGCCCUCACCAGCCCACCUGGUCUCACCGACUUGCCGCAGGAGGAAGAGCUCCAAUCAAGAGAAGAUAACUCAGCAGGCUGAUGUGUCCUUGGAGCGUUCCGCUAAUGCAGAAACCCGAAAGAACGGUGUUAAAAACAAACCAGGAAGGCCAAAAUCCGCCAAUUCUUCAUCAAAGAGCUGCGCGGUUGAGAACGUGAUGGAAACUACUUCUCUUCUCGGCUGGCCGCUUGCCACCACGUCCAGACGGAAGCCCUCCAUGGAUCUGUUCCAGUUUAACGGGUUAAGCAAGAGAGCUUUGAAGGGAAAGGAGUCAGACAUGUCCCCUUUACUUAGCUCCACCAUGGCCACCCCGGCCAAAGGCAUCUUUGGCACUUCCUUUGAGGUCGAUUCUUUCAGCAGCAUCGCUAACGGUUGCACUUCCUUUGGGAAUCAGCAGCUGCCCCUCGGUCAAAAGGGAACCUCUAAUUUACGCGGAAGAAAGUUAACGGACAGGAAGGAAUAUCUUGUCAAACUAGACCACGAAGGGGUAACAUCCCCCAAGACUAAGAAUGGAAAAGCAUUGUUGCUUUAUGGAAAUCCAGAGGUGCAGGGUUCUAGAGGCGCACGGAUGGAGAAAGGCUUUGGAGCCAAAGGAUUAGGAGAGCUGACCUCAAGUAUGGCCUACUCCCAGUCUGUUCUAGUUAAAGAUGCCAAAAGAAAUAGCGGUAAUCUUCUCAAAGGUUCAUCAGACAUGCGCAAGCACCCUCAGGGUCUUGGGCUUAGUGAAUAUGCAGAUUAUGGACCUAACUGCCACAGUGACUGCCUAAGCUCCUACUCAGAUAUGGACGAGGACGAUGACGAGGUAGACGGCAGAAGAGCUGAAAUGCGCACCACCGGGCGUUUUCUGUCUCGUCUUUCUGUUUCAUCAUCAUCAUCGGGCUCCUCCAGCGCAUCUAGCUCGGGCUCGCUGUCCAGUUCUAGCAUUUGCUCCUCCGACAAUGACUCGUCCUACAGUUCAGAUGAAGAAGAGGCAUCACGGCUUUUGCUCCAGGGUUGUCUGUCCUCUCAUCACACAUUACUUCAGCAACAGCAGCAUCCUGAACCUCCCACCGGCCCUCCACGUCACACUUUCGGAGCCAAAAGUAUGCCUAUUACAAAUUCGAAGGUAGCAGUUAGUAGUACAGGGAAACCUCAGAGAAGGAGAGACUUUGCCAAUUCAAACUCUGCAGUCCACUCCAAACCUUCAAAAGACUUUCCUAAAAAACAGAAGAUGGCGUCUUCAGACGGUCCACCAAACUCAUCCUCUUUCAUGCCGGCACGGCAACUGUGGAGAUGGUCUGGUAAUCCUACUCAGAGGCGGGGAUUGAAAGGUAAAGCUAGGAAACUCUUCUACAAGGCCAUUGUCCGGGGCAAAGACACGAUCCGAGUUGGCGACUGCGCUGUGUUUCUAUCGGCUGGUCGGCCUCACCUCCCUUUCAUCGGUCGCAUUGAGAGUCUCUGGGAAUCCUGGUCAAGCAACAUGGUUGUCAAAAUAAAAUGGUUUUAUCACCCUGAGGAGACCAAACUUGGAAAAAGACACCGGGAUGGGAAGCAUGCACUGUACCAAAGUUCCCAUGAGGAUGAAAAUGAUGUCCAAACCAUCUCCCACAAGUGCCAGGUGGUGAGUCGAGCUGACUAUGAGCGCCUGAGCCGUAUCAGGAAGCUUAACAGCAAUGGUCAAGAUCUCUACUACCUGGCUGGAACGUACGACCCCACUAGUGGCCAGCUGGUGACCGCUGAGGGGGAAACCAUCAUCUGCUAGGGAUGCACUACUGAAAUCUCAAAUUCUGGCUGACAAUCUGGCCGGUCAUGAAUUACAAAUGGCAUGUUGUGAGAAGUAAGCAAAACCCAGAGCCCUGGGUUUGUGCAGCAACUUUUAUCUUUACUCUUUGGAGUAACCGUAUUUAAAGAAAUGUGGAGAUCGUGGUGAUCAAUGAAGGCUUCGCAGUGAUGGAAAUAAUUUUUUGUAUUUUGUACUGAAUAAAGGCACUGGACUUGUUUAGAGAAGAAUGUUCAGACUGAAACACAUGGAUUGUAGGGAGGUGUGAAAGACUGACUUUGGGAAAGAUCUUCACCGGUUAAACACGUCAAACUGAUGUCACCAGGACUUUUGAUAUCCCAGCAGGACCAAAUACACUGUUACUGAGCUGUGGUAUGAUCUGUUUGUUUGUGCGUUUGCGUGAGUGAUGUAAAUGAGACGGUACCUUUUUUGCAGAAUGCAAAUAUGUGAAACACCAUGUGCGUGUGCAGAGAUCAGCCACAAAAAAUGGACAGGAACUGACCUGAAGAUUAGAAGACCUAACUGUUGUUCUUCUAAACUGAACCAUGCUCUCACAUGUGUACAGUCGAAUGACCUCUUUUGACAAUUCCAGGGAUUUUUUUUAUCGGUUUGUUUUCUCUUUCUUUUGACGCAUAGAUGAUGAAAAUCAGGAUAUUACGUCAGUUUAUGAACUGAUGAUUUGCGUGUAAACAAAAACAAACCGAAUGAUUUUUCCAGUCAAGCCAUACACUUCUGUACCUCUUGCUUAUCUUCUCAUUCAGGUGUAUAGUUGUACAAUUGAUUUAUUUGAUGUGUGUAAAUAUUUAAAUAUAUAAAUAUAUAUAUUAAAACGACAAACUGUAAAUAUAAUAUAAAUGAAGGGAGAACUCUGUUCCUCUUUAUUGCUCUUGACUGUGUUAUUUUUAUUAUGAAAUUGUUCUGUUUGUUUGGGAAGUUCGGGACAGGCAUGAUUUGGUACACCUUAGUUACUGAACACCCUCUUCGCUGUUGUAUAAGUAGAGGGUUUGGGGAGGUUCUGCUUGAGCCGACAUCAUGCAGUCUAGUCAGCAACUGGGUGAUGAAAAACAGGCUUUGUCUACUUCAUUAUUGUCAUUUUUACUUUACUUCUUACUACUUUUGUUUUUCCUUGAAAGAAUUCUUAUUUUUCUAUUGCAUUGCAUUAUUUUCUGUGGUCGAAUCAAAAAGCUCUCAACUGUGCUUAUCUUUUUCUAUUAUUUUUACCUUUUUUUAUCCAAGGAAGUUGACAUGGUGUUAAAGCACUAACAAACAAACAACUGUCAUUUGUGCCUAAGACACUCUGAAGUCAGUAGUUCCAGGUGCAUAAAGCACAUUAGUGGUGGCAUGACUGUCAUGAAAUACGUAUAAAAACAAACCUUAAUGAAAAAAUCUGGCCCCAAAAAAACCAAAGUAUGUUUGUGGAAUUCCUACACACGCAACUGCAAUAAAUAUGUAGACUGAAUCAUACAUUUGGGGCACUUGCAAUGUUUACAACUAAUUUUGCAGAUAGCUUUUAAAAUUCUUGUGUUGCUGAAACACCUGACAUGUUGUCAAUACGUUUCAGAAAUGUUGUAGCAAAAUGUCAGCCAUGAUGUUGUGUUUGAGAGGAGUUGAGUAUAAGGAAUGCAAAGUGUGGACAGAAUUUUUCAGCACUUCGUCAUGCUGUCCUGCGUCACAUGACCAUGAAGGACAAUCAUAACCUGUAAGCGAGGGCAGUUUAACAGAUCAAAUCUAAAAUAUUGCCUCUUGUGUGUCGUCACUUUUCUUCCUGCUUUGCCAAAAAUCGUUCUGUUUCUUUUUCCAUUUGUCAACGUUGUAGUUUUAUUUGUUCAAUAUGCAAGCCUGUACAGAUUGUUCCGUGUUGGAAUUGUGAAAAAGGAUAUGCCUUCAAUCCUAAAGGAUGACUUACUUUUUUAUGACAUUGUUGCUGUUACACUGCAGAAGCUAAAGCUUUAAGAAAUAUGAUGUGAAAAUAAAUGUAACGUCACUUUCUGGGUCUAUAAAAACAAAAUAGAAAAAAAGAAAAUGGUAUUUUUGUAACAAACACUGGAUUGACGCAAACUCUUGAUAUGGUGACACUGGCAGUUGCCAGGACGUUGGCCAAGCCUCAAAGGAAAUGGAAUCAUUCUGUAACCUGAAUUUGAGACCCACUUGGAACUGAUUUUUAUGGUGGAUGUUCUUUUUUUUGACCUUGUGGGAAAUAUAACUCUAACAUAUUUCCACUCUCAAAACAUGUUAUUUAUCUUAAUUUUAUUGCAUUCGUGUUGCAUUUAAUUAAAAAAAUCUAAAUUA